UCUCCUCCUAUGUCAUCCCGAUUCGACGCACCACCUCAGUUAUGGUACCAUGUCCUCACCGAACUCCAUCCUGACACACCGACCGCACAAAUGCGCUGGUCCUAGAAACAUCAAUGGAGUUCAAGAUGACACCCAACCUCCCAACCGCCUGAUCGAACUCUCUCCCGAACUCUUUAGAAGUUACCCAACAACUCCCCACGUUUCCCAGUGCCUCCAGGCUCGAGGACACGUGUAAACCCAAGUGUCAACUACCGAGGCCACCAUCCCCACGUACACUACAUACCCCUUUAUUUGUCCUGCUCCCUUCCUAUCACCACCGUUCUUGACCUGCCGAGAAAACAGAGAGGGGAGAUGGCUCCAAAGCGCCAGAGAAGGGUGGUGGGCACCGUCGUGAAGACUACAAGGAAGGUGGUGGAGGAGACCCUCCAGGUCUCGGUCGAGGGUGGAGAAGGGAACGGAGACCAAAACGAUUCCAAGGAGUCCAAGGUGGUGGAGGUGGAGGUGGAGGUGGAAGAAAAGAAAGCACAAGAGUCCCAAACUUCGGUUACCCACUUGGAAGAUAGCCAAGCUAAAGAGAAAGCAGAGGAGGAGAAGACCAACAAGAGAAAUAAAAAGAGUAAACAAGCUCCCAAAGAGAGAGCAGAGGAACCUCCUCAGAGGGAUAAGAAACAAGAGAAAGAUGGCAGAAGAGAAGGAAAAGACCAGGAGGAGCCUCCUGUAGGAGAAGGGAAACAAAAGGGAGGAGGAGUAGUAGUAGAAGGAGAAGAGAAGGGGAAGAAGAGAGGGAGAGGAGGGAAGAGGAGGAGAAGGAAGAGGUAUGGUGGUGGUGUGGAGGGUAUUGGAGGAGGGUACAAGAGGUAUGUGUUCAGGGUGCUGAAGCAGGUGCACCCAGGGAUGGCGGUGUCGUCGAGGGCGAUGGCGGUGCUCGACGGAAUGAUGAUCGACAUGUUCGAGAGGCUGGCGGACGAGGCGGCACGGCUGUCCCAGUACGCCGGAAAGGCGACCCUCUCAUCCAGAGAGAUCCAGGAUGCAGUGCGCCUGGUGCUACCUGGGGAGCUCGGCAAGCAUGCCAUCUCUGAGGGGACCAAAGCUGUGUCUAAGUACAUGUCAGCUGACCAUGGCACCUAGUCUUUUGUGGUUUACGCUUAGUGGGGAUAGCUUUGUAUGGGUCUUAGUUUUUCUUGUUUUAAAGCAUCGUAGGAGGUUUUGGGUAGGAAUCCCCUAAUAUUUUGGUGCUAAUUAGGGGCCUUAACUACUACACACUGUCUUUACUGACUUGGAUGAUGUUGGUUUUCUUCCUUUUUUGGGAAAGAGGUUGGUCUUUCAUUGUAUUUUUGAACUAAUAUAUGUUAAGUCAGAACAACCAAUUUAGUGCGU